CCACAAGGCUCACCUCCCAAAGGAAACAACAUCCCUCAAAACAUUUCAAACCACAUUCCAACUGCAUUUACCCUUCUGGCUUUCCUCUCCGUACCAUACUUGUACGAACCCAAGGAACAAAACCCAUCUCAGCUUUCAUGUCGUGGUCGCCGGGUCGCACGAUCCGGCUGUCCGACCUCAAACAACACAGGAGAGCCCCGCCACCCGCGAGUGCCAAAGGUGAAACGCUGGGCAAACCCUUGAUAACCGGGAGUGGGAGCGUAGAACACAGAAGCAGGGAAGGGUUAUAUAUACUAUUAAUCAAAUUCUAGACGUCCUUUGGGACACCAUUAGUACAAUGGUAGCAAAAUCACAUUUCAAAAUCAACUUCUUUCUCCGGGAUGGCAUGUAUAGGGCUAGGCAUGUGGCGAUUGGAAAGUCAAAACGGCGGUUCUGAGGUUUCUAUAUUUGGAUCGUGAUGGGGAUGUGGAAACGUCGUACGGUAGGACGAUGGAACGAUAUUAACAUCAUGACAACUUGCGGGGCUCGGGGUGUCGAGUCCUGGUCUGUUUUUGUGUACACCGUAAGUAUGUUUACUGCACAGGGGAAAGAUUUAAUAACUAUUAUACUUCGUAUGGGAAGGUAUUUUAUAAGUACACAAUACCCGGCAGUCGGCAUGUGAUGUCUUGAUCUUCGACAACCGCAGCUCACAGCCCACCCCCAAGAUCCCCAAGAUCCUCAAGACCCCACCAAAAAGGCUUGACACAUGGACGACGAGGAUCUGAUCCCUCUUGUGUCGCAAACGUUUGGUGGGGAAGAAGGACUUCAAGACGACGGAAUGAAGGGAUCCCUGCACUUGAAACACGGGAUUUGACUUCACGAGUGUUUAAGUUUGAGCUUGGGGUUUGGGAGGCGUUCAAUCAGCUGAACUUUUUUUUUUAAUCUUUGGUUCUCUCUUUCGUUUUGUUUUGUUGCUGUUGGAACUCUUUUGGUUCUUUUGAGGAGUCUUUUAUCUGGUAUUUGACGAGGGAGUUGGGUUUUGUUUGAUUAUACUUUACGGAGAGAAAAGGGAAGCACGAUUGCUACAAAGGGAUAAGGAAAGCUUGGACGAGACAUAAAGCACAAGACGAUAUUUUCGAUUGGAAGAAAACACAAGUCCAAUUCGAGAAGAAAACACAUCAAGAAGAAAGAAAAAGAAAGAAAAUGGUGUUCAACAAUAUUCUAACCUUAGAGGUUCUCACCCUCCUCACCUGUCUCACAAGCGCAUCCAAAGUCGAUGCCCCAUACCCAAACCAACAACAAAUACAUUUGGAUCCCGCCAACGGCCACAGCCACCACCACCACCACAGCUCCAACACCAGCCCAGCUUCAAAUCAAGAGCGCGGCUCAACUAACAGCUGGGAAAGGUCCUUCCUACCAGGCCACCGAAAAUUCGAUCUCUUCGAAAACUCAUGUCCUAUCCCCUCCAGCGAACUGGUCCCAUGGCCCGGUGGGAUAGGAAAAGGGUCAAAAUGGACGGAGGUGCCACAUUGUACUCGGAUGCCUCAUGUCACCGCGACCACGGGAGUCAAGAAUGAGACGGGCAUCAAUGAUACCUUUUGUACUUUUAGCACGAAGAGCUUCCAGGGCGGACGAGGGAUAUCAGUAGCCACCAAACCACACAUCGCCGAAAAGAUUGCGACCCUGCCCGCGUUCAAGAUGUCUUCAGGUGUAGAUCUAUGGAAGAAAAGCUAUCCUCCAUUUGAGAUCAAGCCCGUCCCUGGGAAAGGGAUGGGGGUUAUUGCUAACCGGACGAUCUUCCGUGGGGAACGGCUGUUCGCUCAUGCCGCGGUGGGAAUCUAUCAUAAUGAUAUCUUUCUGACGAGACGGAGUAAGGACUAUAGGCUGAGGAAUAGAAUGAUGGAGGUUGGGGUUGAUAAGUUGCCGGAGGAGUCGAGGAAGAAGUUCCAUGCUAUGAUUGGACAGAAGAAUGCGCAUCAUGUGGUGCAGGGGCAGUUGAAUGUUAAUACGUUUGGAGAGGAUUUUGGAGGGGAGGAGCAUAGUAUUAUUAUCCCUGAGACUGCUGUGAGUUUUUCCCCCCCUUAUCUUCCUCAUAUUCUUUUUCCUCAUCUUUCUCAUAUUUUUCAUGUUUACCGAGUAUGAGGGGUGGAUGUUGUUAUCUGGAGGUCAGCAUAUGAGAACGAAACUAACUGAAAAUAGAGAAUGAACCAUGAUUGCAGACCAAAGUAAGUAGUCUCAAUAUCAAAAUCCAGGAAGAAGAAAAAACUAACCUCACUCACCUCAGUUCCAUGUAUUACUUCGACCCCGAAACCCUAAUUCACUACACCCAAGCAGCACGAACCAUCAACGCCGGCGAAGAAGUAACCAUAACCUGUAACUCCCCUCCAACCCCUCUCAAAAUCCACCCACUGACACUCAACCCAGACAUCGACCCCCUCCAAUCCCGCGAAGACCGCCAAAAAGCCAUCACCUACUCCUGGGGUUUCCAAUGCACCUGCUCACACUGCCUCCAACCAACAACCUACAGCGAAGCCUCCGACGGACGAAUCCUCGCCAUCAACUCACUCGUCAAGCUCUUACUCGGCGAGACCAAGUUGAAAGGCAACACCACCCCCUCGGCGGCUGAAAAAACCAAGAUCGCAGAGCUCCUCGUGGAUUUGUACGAGCAGGAGCGGCUGGUGUCGCAUAUUGUGGAUGCGUGGAUGUGGGCGGCGCAGACGCACAAGGAGGCGGGGAAUCUGUGGGAGAGUCUGAAGUGGACGUAUCGCUCCGAAGAGGGGAGUUUGAUUCAUGAGGGCCCGAGGAAUGAGGCGGCGACGAGGAUGGGGAAUUUGGUGCAGAAGGUGAGUGAGAAGUUGGGGGUUGAUUUGGGGUAUUUGACGGAGGAGGAUGAGGAGUAG